AUGGCGCUCGCUUCUUCUGUCAGCCUGUACUACUCCAUUGUGCAGCGGGCCGCGAGACAUUAUUUAGAAGAUUAUUGUCACACAGAUACGACAGCGCCCUACGUGCUAUACAAAGAUGGCGUCGAGCGAGCACCCCCCGGCACGCAGUGGGGAGGAGGAGUGCUGGACGGGGGCUACCAACCCAUGCAGCACCAGAGCAUGCAGAGCCCUGGGGGCCCUUCCCCGCAGCCAGAGCCCCAGCUCGCGUCACCCGCGCCUUCACCAUACCCGCCCGCGCCCCCACCUCCCGACCCGACGGGCGCAGCCGAAGACGCAGCACAACAACUCGCACAACAACAGGCCCAGCAACAGCAACAACAGCAACAACAACAAACCUCUCCAGAACACAUGCAAGUCGAGCAACAACUGCAGACGCAGCCGCAACCCCAACCCAACCAAGACCACCUUGACAGAACUCCCUGCUUCGUCCCACAACCUGACCUGCAACAGCAGUACGCGACGCCAUACUUCAAGGAAACCAGACCAGCCAGCCACAUGCUCGGCACUGGCGGCUUCCCGUUACAUUAUCUGAAGCAAAACGGUGUGCUAUCCCUCGAAGGCCCCAUCGACCAAUACGGGGCUCCAGAUCUCCGGCAUCUACCAGACAUAGUACAACCGGAACAGCCGAAACCACGGAAGCACAACCCGAACUCGGAGCUGAGGUUGUUCAAAUGCUUGACAUGUGGCAAAGACUUCAAGCAGAAGUCGACGCUGCUGCAACACGAACGGAUCCACACGGACUCAAGACCGUACGGCUGCCCCGAGUGCGGCAAGCGGUUCCGCCAGCAGUCGCACCUGACGCAACACCUCCGCAUCCACGCGAACGAGAAGCCAUACGCGUGCGUCUACUGCCCGCGCUCGUUCCGGCAGCGCGCCAUCCUCAACCAGCACCUGCGAAUCCAUUCCGACGUUUCGCCGCAUCUGAUAUUCAAGAACGGGACGACGCCUACUCUGUGGCCCCAGGAUGUGCCAUUCCCGGCUGACGAGAACAAAGAGGAGGUGCAGUCGACGUACGGAGACACGGACGGGCAAAACGGCGACCAGCGCGGCUCGUGCUUCUCCCCGGGUGACACGGCGCAAUAUCCAGCAUACUUCAAGGACACGAAGGGACUCAACCAUACCGUGUUCGGAUCGGGACUCUCGUUACAAUACUUGAAAGGAGGCAAGCUGCCCGAUGUACUCGGCGGCCGCGCGAUGCCGUUGUAUGUGCGCUGCCCCAUUUGCCAGAAAGAGUUCAAACAAAAAUCAACGCUGCUGCAACACGGGUGCAUCCACAUAGAAUCCCGACCGUAUCCUUGUCCGGAAUGUGGCAAACGUUUCCGCCAACAAUCGCAUCUAACCCAGCACUUGCGCAUCCACACCAACGAGAAACCUUACGGUUGCGUUUACUGCCCCAGAUUCUUCCGGCAGAGAACGAUUUUAAAUCAACAUCUCCGCAUUCACACGGGCGAGAAACCCUACAAAUGCACUCAAUGCGGUAAAGACUUCAGGCAGAAAGCUAUAUUAGACCAGCACACGAGGACGCAUCAAGGGGACCGGCCGUUCUGCUGCCCCAUGUCGAACUGCCGGCGGAGGUUCGCGACCGAGCCCGAGGUGAAGAAGCACAUCGACAACCACAUGAACCCGCACGCGGCUAAGGCGAGGCGAGCUGACGCGGCGAAGACACCCCGCCCGCUGCCCCCGGCGUCCGCCGUGGUCAAACCCGAGCUUUACUUCCCACAAUGCUACGCGCCCUUCCAGCAGUUCCCGACGACCGGGGCCGCGGAGUUCAAGCCGGCCGUGGGCCCGGGCGCGCCGGUGCCGUGCCUGCCGGCCCAGUGA